GGUCGGUUCCGCCCGACUCUGACAUGGCGGCGCCCUUUGUCUGCUCUGAAGUGCCGUCCCCGGCCUUCUCGCGGCCGUGAUGCACCUCCCUCUACGGUGGGGUCCGGGACAUGGCAGGUGAUGAGCUGGAGGAGGAGAGCCAAGCUGGAGUUUACGCAAACUGUCAGAAAAGAGUAGCCUGGGCUCCUUGGAAAUCUGAGCCAUGGACUUUCCCCAGCACAGCCAGCACGUCUUGGAGCAGCUGAACCAGCAGCGGCAGCUGGGGCUUCUGUGUGACUGCACUUUUGUGGUGGACGGUGUUGACUUCAAGGCCCACAAAGCAGUGCUGGCGGCCUGCAGCGAGUACUUCAAGAUGCUCUUCGUGGACCAGAAGGACGUGGUGCACCUGGACAUCAGUAACGCGGCAGGCCUCGGGCAGGUGCUGGAGUUUAUGUACACGGCCAAGCUGAGCCUGAGCCCUGAGAACGUGGACGACGUGCUGGCUGUGGCCAGCUUCCUGCAGAUGCAGGACAUCGUCACGGCCUGCCACGCCCUCAAGUCCCUCGCCGAGCCCGCUGGCAGCCCCGGGGAGACUACGGUGGCCUCAGCCACGGAAGGAGGAGACAAGAGAGCCAAAGAGGAAAAGGCGGCUGCUGCCGUGCUGAGCGAGCUGGACCCGGCCGGAAGCGGUCCACCCACGGGCCCAGACAGGGAGCCCAAGGAGGAGCGGGGCGGCCAGGCUGAGAGCACGGCCAGCGGUGCCGAGCAGACAGAGAAGGCCGACGCCCCCCGGGAGCCGCCCUCCGUGGAGCCCAAGCCCGACCCCACGAGCAGCAUGGCUGCUGCGGAGGCCGAGGCCGCCUUGUCGGAGAGCUCGGAGCAAGAAAUGGAGGUGGAGCCGGCCAGGAAAGGAGAAGAGCAGGAGGAUGAAGGCGCAGCGGCCGCCGAGGUCAAGGAAGAGGGGCCGCCGCUGGAGAAGGGGGAGCCCCCCGAGGAGAGCGAGGAGUCUGCCAGCACGGACUCGGGCCAGGAGCUGGGCACCGAGGCCCGGGGCCCGCGCUCGGGCACCUACGGCGACCGCACCGAGUCCAAGGCCUACGGCUCGGUCAUCCACAAGUGCGAGGACUGCGGGAAGGAGUUCACGCACACGGGCAACUUCAAGCGGCACAUCCGCAUCCACACGGGCGAGAAGCCCUUCUCGUGCCGGGAGUGCAGCAAGGCCUUCUCGGACCCGGCCGCCUGCAAGGCCCACGAGAAGACGCACAGCCCGCUGAAGCCGUACGGCUGCGAGGAGUGCGGCAAGAGCUACCGGCUCAUCAGCCUGCUGAACCUGCACAAGAAGCGGCACUCGGGCGAGGCGCGCUACCGCUGCGGGGACUGCGGCAAGCUGUUCACCACGUCGGGCAACCUGAAGCGCCACCAGCUGGUGCACAGCGGCGAGAAGCCCUACCAGUGCGACUACUGCGGCCGCUCCUUCUCCGACCCCACCUCCAAGAUGCGCCACCUGGAGACCCACGACACCGACAAGGAGCACAAGUGCCCGCACUGCGACAAGAAGUUCAACCAGGUGGGGAAUCUGAAGGCCCACCUGAAGAUCCACAUCGCGGACGGGCCCCUCAAGUGCCGAGAGUGUGGGAAGCAGUUCACCACCUCAGGGAACCUCAAGCGGCACCUUCGGAUCCACAGCGGGGAGAAGCCCUACGUGUGCAUCCACUGCCAGCGGCAGUUCGCGGACCCCGGCGCUCUGCAGCGGCACGUCCGCAUCCACACAGGCGAGAAGCCGUGCCAGUGCGUGAUGUGCGGCAAGGCCUUCACCCAGGCCAGCUCCCUCAUCGCGCACGUGCGCCAGCACACCGGCGAGAAGCCCUACGUCUGCGAGCGCUGCGGCAAGAGGUUCGUCCAGUCCAGCCAGUUGGCCAAUCACAUCCGCCACCAUGACAACAUCCGCCCUCACAAGUGCAGUGUGUGCAGCAAGGCCUUCGUGAACGUGGGGGACCUGUCCAAGCACAUCAUCAUCCACACUGGAGAGAAGCCCUACCUGUGUGACAAGUGCGGUCGUGGCUUCAACCGCGUGGACAACCUGCGCUCCCACGUGAAGACCGUGCACCAGGGCAAGGCGGGCAUCAAAAUCCUGGAGCCAGAGGAGGGCGGGGAGGUCAGCGUGGUCACCGUGGAUGACAUGGUCACGCUGGCCACCGAAGCGCUGGCGGCAACCGCUGUCACUCAGCUCACAGUGGUGCCAGUGGGGGCCGCGGUGACCGCCGACGAGACGGAAGUCCUUAAGGCCGAGAUCAGCAAAGCUGUGAAGCAAGUCCAGGAGGAAGACCCCAACACCCACAUCCUCUAUGCCUGCGACUCCUGUGGGGACAAGUUCCUGGACGCUAACAGCCUCGCCCAGCACGUGCGGAUCCACACGGCCCAGGCGCUGGUCAUGUUCCAGACGGACGCGGACUUCUACCAGCAGUACGGGCCGGGCGGCACGUGGCCGGCCGGGCAGGUGCUGCAGGCCGGGGAGCUGGUCUUCCGCCCUCGGGACGGGGCCGACGGCCAGCCUGCUCUGGCGGAGACGCCCCCCACCGCCCCUGAAUGUCCACCGCCUGCUGAGUGAGCAGGCGUCUCUCCUCUGACUGUUUAUUUAAGGAUGGACGGGGCCCUAGAUCUGAGACGGGUGGCCCCGUUCCCUAGAGAAUAAAUUGGAUUAUUUUCUAACGCUGCCUAUAGCUCCCUCUGGGGUUGGGGGCCGGGGCUGUCAGAGCCGGGCCGAUGCUCCACCCGGGGAGCUUCUUGGCCAAGCCAGGCUGUCCCUCGUGCAGAAGGGGCCGGUGCCUCCGGACCGGUCGAGAGAAAAGCUGGCUUCCUUGUCCUCAGUCGGGGUGUGGGCGGCACGCCUGGGGCCAGAGAGACGGUGGCUCCGCGCACCCCCUUCCCCUCGGCCGGUUUCCUCCUCGGGCUUCUCACCUGUUCGGCUUCGGGACCCGAGCUCCCCGCCCCCCCUCUGCCCCGCUGGGUUGGCUUAACCAGGAUCCAGGCAGCCCACAGAGCCCCGCUCAGAAGCCCACUCAGCCAGAGCAGCAAGGUAGGCAGAGAGCCAGGCCCACCGGCCACAGCUCGUUGGGCCUGGGGAAGCAGGCGCGCCCCGCCCUCACCUCACAGGAUCAAGGCCGAGCUAAGUGCCAUCUUUGGGGAACAUCUGUUUGCCGUGCAUCGGCGGGAGUCUACGACCAGGCCCUGGGCCCGGAGACGCGUGGGCCGGGGGCUUUGUUGGGGGUGGGGGGCACCGCGAGCGCCGCCGUCGGCGGGAGACGUGAUGCCGUCUCUGCCCCGUGUCUACAGUUCGCUCCCGGCAGCCGUGAUCCCUCCCUCAGAGACGGCACCACCCCCUCAGCAAAAGCACAGGCCCGUUACGAGCCCCGUGACCGUCCCAUGUGAGACCCCGAGUCCGUGGUCCCCGUGUUCCUGUUGCCCCAUCCUCCUUUCGGGCUGUGCCGCCUCGGGGCCGGCCUGCUCCAGACCUGGAGGAGGAAGAGGCGAGAGACAGAAACCAAAGUUCACUCGAGGGGUUUCUGAGUUUGCAUGGGCCGGGGGGAGCGGGGCGUAGUUUGUUUUUCCUGUAUCCAACGUUGAAGUGCCUUCCGCGUUACCCAAGAACAAGUAAGUUCGGUCUGUGACAGAAAUCUCUUUUGUAUAAAACAAAACGAUGCUUGGGGAGGAUUAAGUGGCAGAAAAGAGACAGGUCCCAUGUAGACUUGGGGAAGGAAACAAGUGGGACGAGGGCUAGCUGUUCCCAUAAGCAAAGGACCCUCGGUCCUCCCACCCAAGUGACAAUCACAUUCACACUGGACGUGUUUUGUAUUUUUUAAUAAAGUUUGUAAUCCAAUGGACACACAAAACAAAACUGCGCUGAGAAAACCAGUUUCAUAAAUUAAUAAGUGUUAGGAAGUUGGGGGGAGAGGUCAAGGUAAUGGGAAGAGGGGAAGCCAGUCUUUUUUGUACAGUCUUUUUGUGUGUGUGACACUUCAAAUCGCGGGGGCCGGGCCCGUGCUGUAACGAAGCGCACUUAUACAAAUGAGUGACAAUACAAAGUCUGAGUAUGAAAAUAAGAUUUUCUCUGAAAACACAUUUUUGGCACAGAUUAAAAAAAA